AUGACAAUCAAACCAGAAUUUUCAAAAAUUCAACAAAACUUUAUAAAUAAAUCAAAAAAAGGUAAUGAUAAUGAGGUAAAUAUAUAUGAGACUAGGAAAAUCCUUCCAAAUACAAUAACUAAUAGUGAUGUUAAUAGUAAAUCAUCAAUAAUAAAAAAAAUCAAAGUUCAUGAUAUAGAAAAAUCAGGAAAUGGAAAAUUAAAAUUAUUUGGAAAAUUACAAUUAACAAUUAAAGAUAUAUUUUUUUUAUUACAAUAUGGUGUAUUAGAAAAAUCUUUAUAUUUCAAUUUUAUUAUUGGUAUUAUAGUAUUUUUUUUAUCAUGUAUUUUAAUAUUUUAUACCUCAUCUAUAACUUAUUUUAAUAUUUUAAUUAUUGGAUUGGAUUUUUCAUUUAUUAGUUCUGUAACAUUAAUAACAUUAAUAUUAAACAAUCCAUAUAUUUCUAUUAUAUCAUUUUGUGGAUCUAUAGUAUUUAUUAAUGGUUUUGGAAUUUGUAUAUGUCUCAUAACAACAUUAAUUUAUGAAGAAGAAUAUUUAUACAAUCAUAUACUUAUAUAUUUUUUAUGGUUAAUUAUAUUUGUAAUUUCAUUAAUUCAAUUAUUAUGUAUAAUUCAUCGUACAUUUAUCAAAAUAUCAAUUAAUGAUUUUUAUAAAGCUAUAACAAAUGAAGAUGAAAAAAUAAGAAAUGAAAAAUAA